GAAGAGUUGCUGCUGUUUUUGAUAGCAUUUGGCUGACUUCUGGUUUUUCUAUAGGGGGAAGCUGGGCCGAUAUCCUCCUUGGCCAGGAAAGAUUGUUAACCCACCUAAGGACCUGAAGAAACCACGUGGGAAGAAGUGCUUCUUUGUGAAGUUUUUUGGAACUGAAGACCAUGCUUGGAUUAAAGUAGAGCAGCUGAAGCCUUACCAUGCCCACAAAGAAGAAAUGAUCAAAAUUAACAAAGGCAAGAGGUUCCAACAAGCUGUGGAUGCUGUGGAAGAAUUUCUCAAGAAAGGCAAAGGCAAGGACCAGGCGUCUCAUAACUCCACUGAAGAGAAGAACCGGCGGAAUUCCAGUGAAGAGAGGGGGAAGCAGUCAGUGGGAGAGGAGAAACACAAAGCUGGGUUGUCAGAAGGGAAACCGAAAAAGCGAGCAUCUUCUGUUUCCUCUGAGCGAGGAUCGAAAUCCCCUCUGAAGAGAAUGUACAAGCAAAGCCCCCGGAAGCGAGGGCGCCCUCCCAAAGACGAGAAGGACCUGACAAUUCCUGAGUCGAGCACAGUGAAGAGAAUGAUGACUGGCACCGUGGCUGGCUUUAAGUGGCCACAGAGUGUAAGCGAGCCUGUGAAAGAUGGUGACCCUCAUUUCCAUCACUUCCUCCUUAGCCAAACUGAAAAGCCAGCAGUUUGUUAUCAGGCCAUCACAAAGAAGCUGAAGGUGUGUGAAGAGGAAACUGGGUCCACUUCUAUCCAGGCAGCAGAUAGCACAGCUAUCAAUGGCAGCAUCACUCCUACAGACAAGAAGAUAGGGUUCCUUGGUCUUGGCCUGAUGGGCAGUGGCAUUGUCUCCAACUUAAUAAAAAUGGGUCACACUGUGACGGUCUGGAAUCGGACUGCUGAGAAGUGUGAUUUGUUCAUCCAGGAGGGGGCACGGUUGGGAAGAACCCCCGCUGAAGUGGUCUCGACCUGUGAUAUCACUUUUGCCUGCGUAUCUGAUCCAAAGGCAGCCAAGGAUCUGGUGCUUGGGCCCAGCGGAGUACUCCAGGGCAUCCGUCCAGGGAAGUGCUACGUGGACAUGUCAACUGUGGAUGCAGACACGGUUACGGAAUUGGCUCAGGUGAUUGUCUCCAGAGGUGGUCGCUUCCUGGAAGCCCCAGUCUCAGGGAACCAACAGCUAUCCAAUGAUGGGAUGCUGGUGAUAUUAGCUGCUGGAGACAGAGGCUUAUAUGAAGACUGCAGUAGCUGUUUUCAGGCAAUGGGGAAAACUUCUUUCUUCCUAGGAGAAGUAGGCAACGCUGCCAAGAUGAUGCUGAUCGUGAACAUGGUCCAAGGAAGUUUCAUGGCCACAAUAGCAGAAGGACUGACUUUGGCUCAAGUCACUGGCCAGUCCCAGCAGACCCUUCUGGACAUCCUCAAUCAGGGACAGCUUGCCAGCAUCUUCCUGGAUCAGAAGUGCCAAAAUAUCCUGCAAGGAAACUUCAAACCUGAUUUCUACCUGAAAUACAUCCAGAAGGAUCUCAGACUAGCCAUUGCACUAGGUGAUUCUGUUAACCAUCCGACUCCCAUGGCAGCUGCAGCCAACGAGGUCUACAAACGGGCGAAAGCAUUGGACCAGUCGGACAACGACAUGUCUGCUGUGUACAGGGCCUACAUCCACUAGGCUACCCUUCUUCUAAUUGUUAAUACUCUGAUUAAUUAUGAUGAAUACUGGGUUUUAACUCUGGACCAGUCCAUCUUUGUCUCUCUCCUCUCCUUCCUCCUCCCACUCCCACCCCCCAUUUUUCUUUUUCCUUUUUAAUACGAAAACUCUUGAGAUCUGCCACAAGGACAGUUGCUAUGGUAUGCCUUCCUGUGCCAGCUGCAGCAGCAGUUGAAGAGGUUGGAUCCUGGCCAUCUUGACAACAGAUCUGUACCACCCAUUGGGAGUCAUAGAGUGGAAUGUGUGGCAGGCAACAUUGGCCCCCUCCCCAAUAAUGCUGCUUGGCUUCAAUCCUGGUUCUUAUUUGUAUGUGUGUCCCUGGGCAUUUUUAGUCGUUUCCAGUUGCUGUUUCACUUACUUGCUGGGGGUAGCAUAUAUAUUGGGUUCUCUUGAACAGUCGGGGCAACUGAGAGAUGGGUAUCCCUUUACCUGUGUGGUUUUGACCUUAAUGGGGAUGGGAAUCCAGCACUUGUAUUCUUUUUCCUUGGAGAAAAUGAUCAGAUCAAAAGGUGCGAGGGAUAAAUUAAUAUAGGACAUGGCAAUGGUUCCCCAACAGAAGAAGAGGCAAUUUCAUCCAUGCCUUCUCCUUGGAAACAGCUUUGUAAGUUAGAGAACUUGUUUUCUGUUACGUAAUUCAAACUCUGAUGUUUUAAUAUGAGUCUCUGACAUGCAGGAUGUCUGUACAGACGCUUCAUUCCCAAAUGGCUUAUCUAUUCUGAACGUACCUGUAAAACCAUUUUACCUGCCUGUGAUUCGCAGAAUGAGUUUGCGUGGGCAUUUCUUUAAAAAGGAAGGAAGGAACGUUGGAGUCUUCCUUCAGGUUCAUCUUGGGGAACCUGCAUACUGCACGUAUGCACGUUUGCUCCUAAUAUUUGCAAGGAUGACUUGGUUUUGACUAGUGUUGCCACACAUCCAGAGGAAAAAAGAUAACUUUGACUUCCAUGUUUUCCUUUCUGAAGAAAUUGAAGAUAUGCCAAGGCGUAACGUUGACUAGAAAUUCUGCUUGCAAGUAAUGAAAAUGAAUGAUCCAGCAAGUUGUGAACUAAUAUAGCCUAAUAAAUUGAAGUAACAAAGUAGUCUAGGAUACAGGUAGUGCACAAGCAUAUGCCUAAAAAUUGUGAUGCUUUUUGUCAGUAUUAAUCUUGAGAGAAAGCUCUUUGCUCAGUCUUGGAAUGCAUAUAUAAAAGAGGGUUGAAAACAAUUCUGUAAUUCACGCAGAGGCUUUCACGUUUGCAUAAACAGCCUAUAGCUCGAAAAUUCACACACCCCCAGUCUGCAUAACUGCAUUUCAGACUGGUGAUGAAUCUCUCUUGCCAGUCAUGCCUAACUAGUACUUAAACCUUCUCAAUGCAAAUGUGGAAUCCAGCUCUCGAACCUUGGGUUGAUCUCCAAGCAGUGUAGACGUGCUGGCCCAUUCUGAGUGCAGGCAGAAGGCUCAGAUUUUUAUUUGAUAAUGUUAAAAGUGAACAUCUACCUACACCAGCCUGCCCGGCUCUUGCUACAACAGAUACUCCUUCGGUAGCUUUUUUCCCUCCGUGGUGUAGCAAUCCGCCUGAAAAAGGACAUCAGUUUUUGUCCCUGUCCAUGUGUUUCAUAGCCCCCAACAACCAUCCAACUGCUUUUUCCUGCACUGAAGUAUAUCUUGUUAAUGGAAACUAACUCGUGUCUGAAUAGAUGAAGGUUUUAAGAAGAACCGGUAUCUCUCGGAAAGAGCAGAUGGAUCUGGGGGAGGUGAUCUCACUUGAGAUGGUUGUUCCUAAGCCCCUAAAUUGCAGCGAGGAAGCCGCUCUCCCAGAGAAGUUCUAAAGAUUGCCAGGGAAAAGUGGAGGGAGAACCUUGGUGAGCUUUUUGUGAGAACCUUGCGGAACGUAAGCGUGAACAGAAAUAGUUCCCAGAAUACUUUAUUUUGCCUCCAAGCGAAGAAUCCAAACGGAACCAGGAGCUGCAAUCACAAUAUAAGAGAACUGCAGCGUCUUCCAUUCAGUCUCUCCAUCUUGUGGUUUCUCUGUCAGGGAGAAGGAAGAUCUGCUGAAGGGUGUGGUCCCUCCUGCGGGACUGCACUGUUGCCGAUACCCCAAGGGGGGUGGCCCCGAGAUGCAAGCAAGAGGGUGUGGAACUGCCGGCCCCCCUCAGAUGCCUUUUUAGAAGGACACCAUUGUUUUCUUUUGUUUAAAGCCACAAGAUGGGUUUUGUGGCACCCCGUUUUAUGGGUCAGAAGCAUUCAUUGGUCUACAGGUUUUAUAUUGCGAAAUAUUUGCUGGUUUUAAGGUGCCACGGGACUCCUCCUCUGUUGCUACUUAGCCUUUCUGCUCUGUUUUGAUCAAAUACUU